AUGGCGAAAGGAUCUUGUCUGUGCAAGGGCGUUGAGAUCGACACCAAGGUCGACCCUCAGGCGACAGUGGCGUGCAGUUGUACCAGCUGCCAGGCCUGCAGUGCGAGCGCUUUCACCAUCAACUUGGUAUUCCCCAAGGACACUGUGGAUAUCACAAAGGGAAAAGAACACGUCAAAGUGUUCAAAGAAAAGGCUGAUUCCGGUAGAGAUGUGUUUCGUCACUUCUGUGAUACCUGCGGCAACGCCAUCUACACAUUGGCUGCCGAUGGAACGUGCUUUGUGAAGGCACCGGUGCUAAAGGGUGCUUUGCACAACGACCCAGUUGCGCACAUAUUCACGCGCAAUCUACCAACCUGGGCCGAGGGAGUGAAAACAGGCGAUCGCAAGCGAGACGGUGCAUGA